UGGGAUCUGCAUAUAAAGGACGAGUUCCCUGGACCGGCCAUCACUUCUGCGGCACUAUGAUCCCAGCAGUGGACUGAGCACCACCCGGGUCUUCGAUGCUCCAUUCAUGCCACCUUCCAGCUUUGCUGCAUGACUGCGUAAGCCACUUGUGGGAUGCUGUGAGAUCUGCUUUUGCAAGAACCACUUUCUCUCCCUGCACCACCCUCGCUCGGUCUGUAUCCGACAGGAGGCACGCCAGCCGCUUGGAUGAUCUGAUUCCUUUCCUGCCCUAAAUUACUCCUGCCCAGAUGCAGUGGAUACUUUUCAUGUUGCUGUUAUUCAUCAACUCCAUGGAAAUGCGCAUGCAGAACAGAAGGAAGAAACAAGCGAGUGCUGGCUUAUUUGAGAACUGCACGGGCUGCGUCAUGUGCUCGGAGGAUAACGGGUGCAUUGCCUGCCAGCAGCGUCUCUUCCUGCUGAUCUGGAGGGAUGGAAUCCGCCAGUAUGGGGCAUGCGUCCACGCCUGCCCACCUGGCUACUUUGGGCUGCGAGGCCAAGAGGUCAACAGAUGCACAAAGUGCAGGUCGCCAAGCUGCGAGAGCUGCUUCAGCAAAGAUUUCUGCAUGAAAUGCAAAGAGAAGUUUUAUUUGCACAAAGGGAAGUGUUUCAGCAUGUGCCCGCCGAACACCACGGCCCAGGCCAGCACCAGGGAGUGCCAAGAGAUGUGUGAGAUGGGACCCUGGAGCGAAUGGAGCCUCUGCAGCAAUGAGGGGAGAACAUGCGGCUGCAAGUGGGGAUCGAAGACCAGGACGCGCGAAGUCAUCAGGAGCACCAGAGAGGAGGCUGUGCCCUGCCCGGCCCUGCUGGAAUCCAGGAAGUGUAGAAUGAGGAAGCAUUGCCCUGGAGAGAAGCCGGAGACCAUCAAGAAAACGAAAAGGGAAAAGAAACAAAAGAAGCAGAAGGCAGAUUCUCUGGCAUGCACCUAACCAGCAUCCUCCCAGGUGGGACUCCGGGAGGCAGCACGGGGGCGGCCCCAUGGGAGCACCGUGGGGCACAAAGGAGCUCUUCACCCUGAGGUCUCAGCAACAUUUCCUUCUCCGUGUUCGUUUUUCCACCUUUUCCAGCCAGAGAAUAUUGCACAAUUCCCUCCACCACACACACACACACCCCUACGUGCUUCUUUUGAGGCCAUUUAUGGCCUGUGGAACAUUUCCUCUUGCAGCCCGACAGAGAAAGCAAAGUUCUUUUUUCUCCCCUACCCUAAUGCACCCUCACAGUUCGGCUCCUUCUCUGGUGCAACCAGAGCCACCUGCCUAGGGAGCCAGUGACAGCGAGCGAGAAAAUGCCGCUGGCUGGACCGUGGUGGGUUUGCACCCCGGCUCAGCUACCUGCCCAGCGGGAAGAGUUACGGAACGGCGCCGAGCUGGGCCUGCACCAGCAGGGGGAAGAGGAGCUUUGAGUCUGGCAUGGAAUAGCCUCCUCCUCCUCCUCCUUUACAGAUUGGGAAUGUCUUGAGAGCCAAGGGGCAAGUUAUCCCGUGCGGUGCCAUCAGCCAAUGUGGCUAAAAUGGCCAGCAGGACAUUUGAUAGACACGGGGCCUUCACCAGCUCUUCUGGAGCUGACUGGUGGGAGGUUCCCCUUUCUCCGGCAGGCUCAUCCUCUGCCUGCAGACUGAAUUUAUGUGGUGGGUUCCCCCAUCCACCCAGUGGAACCGGAGCAAAAUGCCAGCAAUGGACCGUGCCCUUUGGCCCAUAACCAGAAGUGAGGAGCAGCCUAUCUUGGGGAGCCCCAUCAUUGCUCCGUUACAGCACAGCUGGCCAUGCCUCCAGCUCCUGCCCAGCACCUUCAGCCCAAUUACCUGGCCACACAGCGGUCUGAAUGGCCCCCGUGCCAAGCCUCCCAGCCUUCUCCCUCAAACUCUUUCCACGCCUGCUGCUCCCGGAGACCCCUGCGCGGGGGUGAGUAGGGAGCAGAGGCUUACGCAUAGCGCUGGCUCUCUCCUGGGGCCAGCUGUCUAUCUUGUCUGCAUGAGAAAUAAAAGCGUCUGUGAGCUUAAAAGCAGGGGGGAGCCGAGUAACUGAAAAAGGGGUACAUUCCCCAGGCUGGAAAUCUCAGAAUUGCACCAGACCCUGCCCAUGCUCCAUCUUCCUCCCCAGGGCUG